AUGGCCAACAGCCGCCAGGAGACGGAGAAAAUGAUGGGUGGCGGUGCCGCCUCCGUUCCGGCCACCUGCUCGAGCAGCAUGAACGGCAGCCACGAGGGCAGCCUGACACUAUCGCCGGGCAGUGGCAGUGCCACGCUGAUGCGCCACUCGCCGGACAUCAACCAGCAUCCGUAUGGCAACCCGGACGAGGCUGCCCUGGAUUUCAUAUAUAAAAAUAUGGAUGACACUGCCAACCCAUGCCAGGAUUUUCAAAAUUUCUCCAGCGGAAACUUUGAGGCUCUUCACAAGGAAGCUAAGCUCUACGAUCUCCAGGACUCAAUACGUGACGCCUCUACCGGGAAGCUGCAGAUAGUGUUGGAAAAGCUAAGAGACCGCGUCUUCAUCGACGAGUCCAGUGCGGAGGGGAAGGCCUUGCGGUUCUACGAAACCUGCCUCAACACUUCCCCUUCGAGGCAGCUGUUCUUUAGCUUCCUCGAACUAAUGCCACCAGGCGAGGAUCUGCCCUGGCCAACGUCCAGGCUCCGAGGCAGUAGGUGGCCUGAGGAGAGAUUUGAGUGGCUGGAAGCCCUGGCUCGACUCCGUCGCUUUGGCAUCGAGAAUCUUCUGUUCCGGAUGAAUGUGGUUCAGGACUGGGUCGACCCAAACCAUUUCGUGGUUUACCUUAAACGUCCAACAUAUCCAACAAUCUUGGAUGAGAAUUCCAAUAAAGACAUUCUAGUCGGCAUUGGAAUCCUGAAAAAAAACCAUCCAUCAAUCAAUACCCUAGUUGCUGACAUUAUGGCUCUGGACGACGAUCUGCAGAACCUACCGCCGGAAGAGAGCCGAUCCUACACACUGAGCAUCGAGGAGUUUGAGGAUCAGACAGGAAUCCAACUAUCCAAGUACCUGGAAAUCAGCUUUGGACGCCCAUUCGAUCCCAGCUUUGAAGUGAAGAUCGUGGGAAUGGGAUACUUGGAGGGUCUAAAGGCGGUAAUAGAGAAGUACACCAAUAAGGUAGUGGCCAGCUACAUGAUUAUAGGCAUCGUUCGCUCGCUCAUUCAACAGCAGUUAGUUCUGAAGACUGGAAGUAACCAUCAGGUGCAGUGUUCGACUGCAGUGCGUCGGCACAUGGAAGUGGCCAGCGAGGUGUUGUAUAAGGAUUACUACUUCCGACAGGGAAGGCUGCAGCGCUACGACCGGGCAGUGCAGCAGAUGUUCGAGGUGUUCCGGGCAGCCUUCCUGAAGAGGAUCGAGAAGAACCGCCUUAACCUUACCGCCGAAGAGCAAACCUUUGUUAAGCAGAAGCUCCGUGCCAUAAAAGUCAGGCUGGGAUCCCUGCCGAAUGUUCCCGACCAGCGGCGGUUUGUCAACGAUUUUUACUCAGAUCUGGAGCUGGAGAAACAUCCGACGAACCUGGCAAAAAUCCUACUCAAUAUUCUGGAGCAUCGUACUCGACACACGCUGAAGCAACUAGAUAGACCCACGCCCAAAGGCAAUCACUUCUUCCGGCUCGAGGAACUCGGAUAUAUCCUGCAAACCGAACCUUAUUACAGGACGAGCAACUUGGUCGUAGUUCCCUAUGAUAUCCUGCAAGAACCCUACUUUUCGCCGGAUCAGCACGACGUAUUCAAGGUGAGCCUGCUCGGGUUUUCAAUGAUCCGAGCCGUCUUGGAGAACUUUAAGCCAUAUAAUAUGCGCUUCGACAAUGAGUCCAAUUAUAGCGAAUUUAUGGAAAAUUUUGGCGAGAAUUUCGCCUACGUAGAGGCAACGAACUGUUUGGAUCGUUCCAAGGAAUCCUCUCAACUCAAUGAACAUGCAAUCAAUGUCUUAGCUCUAAAGCUGGUCUACGACACCUACUUUGGAGAGGACUCAAAGUUCAGCCAGGAACAACCGAGUUUCACCAAGUUGCCGCUGAAGCAAAUAUUUCUGCUAAACUUUGCCCAAAACUUGAUGUACAAGUGGAACACCGUGCGCCUCAACCAGGCGGUACGCAAUCUAAAUGACUUUGGAGAGGUCUUCAACUGUCCUGCUGAUGCUUUCCUGAAUCCGGAAACUAAAUGUGAAAUCUGGUAG